AAGUCAUGGACGAGGGGAAUGCCACGGCAGGCUUCAUUCUCCUAGGACUGUUCAACCACACCAGAGCCCACCUGGUCUUCUUUGUGCUGGUUCUCACUGUGGCCCUCAACUCCAUGUUGGGCAAUACCCUCCUGCUUCUCCUGAUUCACCAGGACUGCCGGCUCCACACACCCAUGUACUUUCUCCUGAGCCAACUCUCCCUCAUGGACAUGAUGCUGAUCUUCACCAUAGUGCCCCAAAUGGCAGCUGGUUACUUAAUGGACAAGAAGUCCAUCUCCACUGCUGGCUGUGGCUUCCAGAUCUUUUUCUUCCUUACACUGGAUGGUGGGGAGUGCUUCCUCUUAGCAGCCAUGUCCUAUGACCCCUAUGUGGCCAUCUGCCACCAGCUGCGCUAUCCAGUUCUCAUGAGUGGGCGGUUGUGUCUAAGACUGAUCUUGGGGUCCUGGCUCCUGGGAGCAGCUGAUGGAGCCAUGCAGGCCGCUGCCACCCUGAGCUUCUCGUUUUGUAACCGGGAUGAAAUCGAUCAUUUCUUUUGUGAGGCCCCCGUGUUGCUGCGCUUGGCUUGUGGUGACACAUCUAUCUUUGAGUUUGUCAUGCACAUCUGCUGUGUAUUGAUGCUUCUGGUCCCCUUCUCCCUCAUCCUGAUGUCGUAUGGCCUCAUCUUGACUGCCGUCCUCCGAAUGCGGUCCACAGAAGGCCGCAGGAAGGCCUUUGCCUCCUGCUCCUCGCACUUGGCGGUAGAGGGCCUCUUUUAUGGAGCAGCCAUCUUCGUUUACAUGAGGCCCACAUCCUCCACGUCAGCUAACCAUGACAAGGUUGUAUCGGCAUUCUACACUCUUGUCACCCCCAUGCUGAACCCCCUCAUCUACAGUCUUCGGAACAACGAGGUCAAUGACAGCCUGCGGAAGUAUGUGGCUUGUUGUAUUACCCUAACUAGGAAGGAUGCUUUGGUUUGCUUGGACCUUUGUGGUUGUGCGAAGAGGAAAGGUAUGCAGUAGCCCCUUCGUCACAGGAGUUACGUUUCAGGAUGCCCAGUGGAUACUUGAAGCCACUGAGAAUCCCAAACUCUGCUGUUUACAUUUCCUUCCCACUGUAACUCAACACUUCCAUCCUCCAGCCAGAACUGGGGAGCCUGAGGAGCCUCAGCAAAACAAUCGCUAAGUUGCUUUGUCCUUC